GGCUAGUCAGUUUUUAUCCGCCGAAUGCGGGCGGAAAUUUGGAUGAGUGGGAAAUUCGGUGUCCGAAAUGGCACGGAGGCUACGCUGGCGAAUAUUCUUGCCGUUUAACCGACCCUUACGGCAGCACGCAUGACUUUGACUAUAAGGAGAUGGUGAAACUGGUGAGGAAAGAGUGGCAGGAAUUUUAUCGCCAGCAGUAUUUACAGGAAAUUGGCGAAAGCGAGGAGCAAGAGAAAAAAACUGGUGAGGAAAAGGACCGAACGGAGAAAAUAAAAACUGGGGUGAGGUUGGAGGAAAGGCAAUAUGAGAAAGAGUUAGGAAGUUAUCGUCCGGUGGGUUUUCGCAAGAGUCAACAAGAAUUUUUCAUUUGUGGAGCUUGUAGUAAAGAGUUAAAGGGGGCGGGGCACACAGGAAAAGCCAAAAACCGCAAUAAUCCCGUGUUUUGGGGCUUGGAAGUAGAGGAGAAAAUUCUUUGUUUGGAAUGUGUGAAAAGUAAGUAUUACGGAGUAAUAACGGAAAGUGAACAAGGACGCGUUUUAUCCUAG